AUCUGUGUUGCUGUAUUCCAUUCCUUCCUGAAAGGGACCUGAGCAGAAAUUCAGGAGUUGUGCUUGUCACUGUGACAACAGUGCCGUGAGUGAGGUUGUCUGAAAUGAUUUAUUUGAUUUGGAGCAGUCUUCUUCGAUUGUUUUGGUAAAGGUCAGACAGGGUCGCGUUGAAAGCACCCUGAUUUGAAGUAACGUUACCAAAGGAGACUUGCUAAGGAAAAUCAAGAGUGGCCAAGAUUCUGAAGUGGGUGUCAAAGAACAGCCAGUCAAGAGUUGAUCUCACAAUCCAGAACAUUGUCUUAAAAACGUAUAGCGAGUGUGCAGUUAAAUGCAGCUCAACCUCUGUGUUUGCAAAUGGCUUGCUGUCUGAAGGAUGAGCUCCUGUGUUCCAUCUGCCUGAGUAUCUACCAGGACCCUGUCAGUUUUGGCUGUGAGCACUAUUUCUGCCGAAAGUGCAUCACUGAGCACUGGAGCAGACAGGAGCCCCACGGUGUACGAGACUGUCCUGAGUGCAGGAGGACCUUCGCAGACCCUCUUCUCUCCCCAAGCCUCAAGCUGUCCAACAUCGUGGAGCGCUACUCAGCCUUCCCGCUGGAUGCUAUCCUCAAUGCGCAGAGGAGCUCCUAUCCCUGCAAGGACCACGAGAAGGUCAAGCUUUUCUGCCUCAGCGACAAGAGCCUGGUGUGUUUCUUCUGUGACGAGCCAGCCUUACACGAGCAGCAUCAGGUCACCACUAUUGACGAGGCCUACGAGGAGAUACAGAGGGAGAUGAAGGAGCAGCUGGCCACUCUGCAGGACAGUGAGAAGGGACACACCGAGGCCUUGCAGCUACUGCAGAGACAACUCACUGAGACCAAGUCGUCGGCCAAGGGCCUGCGUGCGACCAUCGGCGAGGCAUUUGAACGCCUGCAGCGGUUCCUGCGAGAGCGCCAGAAGGCCAUGCUGGAGGAGCUGGAGACAGACACGGCGCGCACGCUCUCCGACAUCGAGCACAAGAUCCAGCGCUUCAGCCAGCAGCUGCGUGACGUCAAGGAGGGCAUCGGCAUCCUGCAGGAGCGCCUCAACGAGACGGGACGCCACGACUUCCUGGAGGGCGUGGCCCUCACCUCCGAGAGGUGCUCUGCUUACUGUCUGACUGACCUUGGAUCAGCUCUUCUUCCAAAAAGCCACAGUCCUAAACUUUUGAUAAAAGGAAAGAUACAUGAGACCAAUCUAACAUAUGAAGAUUUCCCGACCUCCAAGUACAUGGGACCCCUGCAGUACACAAUAUGGAAGUCUCUCUUUCAGGAUAUUUCACCAGUGCCAGCAGCUUUGACCUUAGACCCCAUCACAGCCCACCAGAGACUCAUCCUAUCAGAUGACUGCACCAUCGUAGCCUAUGGUAACCUGCACCCCCAGCCCCUGCAGGACUCCCCGCGGCGCUUCGACGUGGAGGUGUCUGUGCUGGGGGCCGAAGGCUUCGGCUCUGGGGUGCACUACUGGGAGGUGAUGGUGUCAGAGAAGACCCAGUGGAUGAUCGGCGUGGCCAACGAGACGGUCAGCCGCAAGGGCAGCAUCCAGAUCCAGCCCAGCCGUGGCUUCUACUGCGUCGUCAUGCACGACGGCAACCAGUACAGCGCUUGCACCGAGCCCUGGACCCGCCUCAAUGUCAAGAGCAAACUGGAGAAGGUGGGCGUGUACCUGGACUACCCCAAGGGCCUGCUGGUGUUCUACAAUGCUGACGACAUGUCCUGGCUGUACACCUACAGGGAGAAGACUUUCCCGGCCAAGCUCUGCCCCUACUUCAGCCCCGGGCAGAGCCACGCCAAUGGCAAGAACGUCCAGCCGCUGAGAAUCAACACCGUGCGUCUAUAAGAGCCACGCACAGGGUCACUCUACAGAUCGGCUCGCUCACCUCAACCCUCCCUGAGGAUAAGAUAACAACGAUGAUGACGUAACUAAGAUCCUAAAGAUGGCUCGUUUUUUUUAAAUGAUGAGAGAGGGGGGGGGGGGGGGGGCAGGGGACAGGGUGUUUGACUAUGAAAUGUACAUUUAUUUCGUUCUGGUGUUUCUUUUCCGGGUCUCUGUUUUUGUCUUGCCUGUCGGUGUGGCUCCUCACUGAUCUCACCAGGGAGGGACGAUGUGGACAUUGCUGCAGCAUCAUGGUUUCAACUGGAGUCCCAGUUAGCUUCUUCAGGGGUGGAAGGAGAGAGAGACCCCCCGCUCCCCUAAGCCCCUCUGGGCUUUACUCUGUCUGCAUAGAUGACAUCAUCGCACCGUGGUUUCGUAGUGGGAUCUCUGUGCUGUGACUGAGGCCAACCUUGAACAGGCCCACGGGCUCUGCUCUCCUUCCAAGGCUCCAGACUGACUGACAGACGGCUGCUCGGUCUGUCUCUCUCAGCAGCCAGACAUUUUGAAACCGGGGGCCACCUUUCUUUUAGGCUUGUUUGCGGAAUAUUUCUGACAACGCUCUGCUCCUUUUUUCUUUGGCACAGAUCGCAGUUGUGAGUGAAAGCCUAUCGGUGUGGCAGUGAGUGCUGUUCCAUGUCCUCCCCGGUGAACCUGUACACUUUACUGAUGGAAAUGAUGUCGCAUCUCUUGAUUCCUUUCCCUCAGGACACGCGUCCAGUUUUCCAGUCGACACUGUCAAGUCAGUCCAAGUGCUGGACGUGGCUGAUACUCGUCAUUUGACAAUGGCAGCCUCGUGGUCUGUGUGCUCUAGUGAUGGUCACUCUGUGCGUGGUCACUGUUGUGGUGCUUGCUGUCCUCACCCUUCCCUCGUUUCCCUACACCUCUCUGUCUCGUUGGGGGUGCCUGGAGAGGUCGUGUGUGUGUGUGUGUGUGUGUGUGUGUGUGUGUGUGUGUGUG